AUGAUUCUUGUUUUAACGGUGUUUUACAUCUCUCUAUGUACUACUGAUGGUAUUAGCGAACAAACCACUAUUACUCAACUUGAACAACGUAUUAAAGCGUUAGAAGCAGGCAAAACGCAAUAUCCAGAAGUGACCUAUUUAAGUUACAAAGAUCGUAAACGGAUUCUUAUAACAGGCGGUGCAGGAUUUGUGGGCUCACAUCUUGUUGAUCGUCUAAUGUUACAAGGACAUGAAGUUAUUGUUGCUGAUAAUUUUUUUACGGGUAGAAAACGUAAUAUUGAACAUUGGAUUGGACAUGAAAAUUUUGAAUUAAUAAAUCAUGAUAUCGUAAAUCCAUUGUUUAUUGAAGUUGAUCAAAUUUAUCAUUUGGCGUCACCUGCAUCACCUCCACACUACAUGUGGAAUCCUGUCAAAACAAUAAAAGUGAAUUCGAUUGGCACUAUUAAUAUGUUAGGUUUGGCACGUCGGGUUCGUGCCCGUUUAUUAUUUGCUUCUACAAGUGAAGUGUACGGUGAUCCAGAAGUUCAUCCACAAACAGAAACAUAUUUUGGAAAUGUAAAUUCAUUUGGUCCACGAGCUUGUUACGAUGAAUCAAAACGUGUCGCCGAAGCCAUGUGUUAUGCUUAUGCUAAGCAAGAAAGAAUUAGUAUUCGUAUUGCUCGUAUAUUCAAUACUUAUGGACCACGUAUGCAUAUGGAUGAUGGUCGUGUUGUCAGCAAUUUUAUACUUCAAGCAUUACAAAAUGAAUCAAUAACAAUCUAUGGUAGUGGAAAGCAAACUCGUUCAUUUGCGUAUGUCAGCGAUUUAGUUGAUGGUUUAAUAAAGUUAAUGAAUAGUAAUUAUUCGAGUCCGAUGAAUAUGGGUAAUCCAGAUGAAUAUACAAUCGAACAAUUUGCAUUAAUUAUCAAAGAUCUUGUUGGUUCAAACAGUACUCUUGUUUUUAAAGAGGCUGUCACAGAUGAUCCAAAACAACGAAGACCUGAUAUUACGUUAGCUAAAACACUAUUAAACUGGCAGCCAACAGUCAAACUUAAUGAUGGUCUUAAUAAAACGAUUGCUUAUUUUCGAAAUGAAUUACUUGUUAAACGUCAUAGCGAACGAAAUGUUUAUUUUCCAACUGAAUGGAUGCAUCAUCAUUCUGAUAUAUCUUCUACUGUUAAAGUGCCAUCAGGUCGUUGUACAUUUUCCGAUUGCAAAUAUAUUCAUUGUACACGCGAUGAAGAAGAAGAUUACAUCAAAUCUGGUAUAAUAUCACAAAAUAUACAGAAUCAAUUAGACCGAGGUAUUGGAAAUUAUUCUGAUACACCCUAUUGCAAAGAUUUUUUGAAUGAUUCAUGUCGUCGUAAAUAUUGUAAAUAUCGUCAUUCAAAACCUUUUCAUGGUAAUGAUAAUACACAAUCAUUUGAAAUUAAAAAUAGUUCAACAUUAUUACGUAAGAGAAAAUAUUCAAAUUCCUAUUGUAUAGAAUCAACAAAGCGUUCACGACAUCAUGACAUGUUCUCUGAUCUUUUAUCAUCAUUAUUCACUAUAUUGGCAUCGACACAAACAGUCUUAUCAGAUUUACGAAACGAUACACUGAAUGAAAAAUUACAGAAACUUAAAGAACAAUUGAAUGAUUUAAAAAUGAAAAAUGUCAUGCUAACGGAUGAAAAUACCAAAUUAAAACUACAACAGACAACUUUAAAAGAUUGUAAUGCAAAUUCAAGUCUAGAAAAUCGAACAAAUAUUACAAUGUCAGCAAGUCUUCAGCAACAAUCGACUGUACCUAGUACAUUGAAUUUAAAUCAUUUGUUUGACUCACUCAAUUCUAUUGUUCAUAUGGCAACAUCAAAUUUAUCGCCAAAUUCAACAGCCUGUAACGAGCCAUCAAUAUCAUUAUUAACAAGUCAACAGUCCGUUCAUUCGUUGAAUCUCUUACCUCCUACAUCUUCUGCUCCAGUAACAUCGGCAAACAAUGUUUUAAAACAUUUGGCUGAUACAUUGCAACAGACUAGUUACACUCUACCACAAAUGAUAUGGCAAAUAUCAAAUGCAGCUCGAGCAUUGAGUACGUCAACAAAUCAAACAAUUUCGCAUCAUCCAAUACUGAACAAUACACAUUUAACAUCAGUUUAUCCUUCUUUUCAUAACCCAACACCAUAUGAGCAUCAUCAAUUUCAAAUGCCAAUACCGGCAUCUUUGUCUUUACAGUCCUCAUCGUACAGUCAAAAAUGUCCUACAAUUACUACAAUACCCAAUGUUCCCCUGCCUCCGCCACCACUAUUACCAACAAUUAAUUUAUGUGGUAAAACGACAUCUUCAUCUUCUCUAUACGAUUCUUUUUGUUUACCUCCGAGAGCUCCAGCCACGUUUACUACAACAACAACAUAUCGAACAAAAGACUCAAUGUCAUUGAUCGAUCCUAUGGGUCAAUAUCAAUACCAAUGUUUAUUACCACCACCAUCUUUCUCAACUCCUCAACCUGUGCCACCUCCAUUUAUAUCUCAUUGA